CCCUCCUCUCUCUCUCUCUCUCUCUCUCUCUCUCUCUCUGAGCUAGAGUAUAUAGCAAGAAAGCACAAGAGAGAAAUAGAAAUCUUUAGAAGCUAAACGGUAGCUUCUCAAUCUUCCCUUUUUAAUGGUUGUUUCCGAUUAUAAAUUUUGCGGAGGGAAUGGACUAGGAAUUCUUAUCCUUCUUUUUCUAAAGUAGGAGGUUUUAAUAAUUGAAAGAAGAAAAGAAAGUUAUCAGAUUAUCAAUGCCAGUGCCUCUUGCACCUUAUCCAUCACCCCCUGUCCCUUUCACACCUCCAAAUGGUGGUCAGAGCCAACUAGUAUGUUCAGGCUGUCGAAAUCUUCUUCUAUAUCCAUUAGGAGCAACAUCAGUUUGCUGUGCUGUAUGCAAUGCAGUGACAAAUGUUCCUCCACCUGGAACGGAAAUGGCUCAACUAGUUUGUGGAGGCUGCCAUACUCUUCUAAUGUAUAUACGUGGAGCAACUAGUGUGCAAUGCUCUUGCUGCCACACCGUUAACCUGGCACUUGAUGCUAAUCAAGUUGCACAUGUGAACUGUGGAAACUGUCGCAUGCUAUUGAUGUAUCAAUAUGGUGCAAGAUCUGUAAAAUGUGCAGUCUGCAAUUUUGUAACGUCAGUUGGGGCUCUACAAAGUAAUGAACAGAAGCCCAGCAGUUGAGUUUCAAAACUGAGGGAUUAUUUCUUCUUAGUUCUUUCAAGUCACUUGAUCACCAUCAAUUCAAAUCAUUCAACCAUAUGAGGAAGUACUGUACCUGUCGAAAUUGCUGAAUAAUAUAGAGUUUUCUUGAGAAUAAGAGCUUGUUUUCAGGCUCAAGGCAUGGAAGAAGACCAACUAAUGUGUUAUAAGCAACAGUAUGUGAUUUUCGUCUUUCCAGCUUCAGGUGAGCUAUGAGUGUGAGAGUUUCAGGUUUGAUUCAUCUGUAGAAAAAAUCUGUAAGAAAAUGUGUUAUGAAUAUUCAUCUUUGUUGAUUAACUUCGGAUCCAGUAUCAAGAUUUUCUUA